AUGAGCAUACCACCAUACAGUGCUCCUCAGAAAGUCUAUCAAACAUCUUGGUCACUGGUUCCAGACAAGCAAGCGAACAAGACUGAAUCAAAUUUGACAUGGAGAUUACCUGUGGAUUUGGGAUUUAGGUACCUGCUUAGGUUACAUUUCUGUGGGCUUGAAUAUGAGAUAAAAGAGAUUGGCAGGGUGGAGUUUAGUAUCUUUGUUAAUGAACAGGUUGUUGAGGCCAAAGUUGACCUUAUCCAAUGGAGCGGCGGAAAUGGGGUGGCUGUGUUUAAGGACUAUGUGGUGAUUAUGGAUGGAGAUAGGAUGGAGGGCAAGCGUGACUUGCUCAUAGCGCUGCGCCCUCAGAAUCAUGAAUGGAUGGAACCAAUUGAUGCAACUCUAAAGGGGUUAGAGGUAUUCAAGUUGAGCAACACCGACAAAAAUCUUGCUGGGGUGAACCCAGUGCCACUAGCACGUACUUCAACAUCUCCAAAGCCCAAGAAGCUAGUGUUUGCUUCUGUUGGAAAUGCCAUUGUAACAUGUGUAGAAAUUGUACUCAUUGUGUUUAGUGUCAUUGUUUUCCAAUGGCGUUGCUUAAGUGAAAAUAGUGCUAGGAGAACUCUCUCUCUGUCAACAUCGGAGGGGUUGUGUCGCCGUUUCUCACUUGCUGAGCUCAUGUCAGUGACCAAUAACUUCAAUGAUGAAUUUGUCAUUGGAAGUGGUGGAUUUGGUAAGGUCUACAAAGCGCUUAUUGAUGAUCACGCAACAACAGUUGCCUUAAAGCGGUGUAAUUUGAAGUCUCAAGGAGCAAAAGAGUUUUGGACAGAAAUCGAGAUGCUUUCCAAGCUUCGACAUACGCAUCUCGUAAGUCUUUUAGGCUAUUGCGAUGAACGCAAUGAGAUGAUCCUUGUUUAUGAGUUUAUGGAGCAUGGUACACUUGCUGAUCAUCUCUACAAAACAAAAACCAAGGGUAAUGGUACGGUUGGCUAUAUGUCAUGGGUGCAAAGGCUCAACAUUUGUGUAGGUGCUGCUCGGGGAUUGGAUUACCUUCACACAGGUAUUCGGCACGGUAUAAUACAUCGAGAUGUGAAGACCACAAACAUUCUAUUGGACAAAGACUGGAUAGCUAAGAUUUCAGAUUUUGGGUUGUGUAAAGUGGGCUCCACAAGCCAUUCCCAGACGUACGUUAGCACAGAUGUAAAAGGCACAAGGGGGUAUCUAGAUCCCGAGUAUUACAUGACCCACAGGCUAACUAAGAAAUCAGAUGUGUAUGCCUUCGGUGUCGUGAUGUUGGAAAUGCUUUGUGGGAGACCAGCAGUUGAUAUGCAGGUCGAUGAGGAGCAACAUAGUCUGGUCCUAUGGGCUAAACAGUGCAUCAAAGAGAACAAACUCGAUCAACUUAUUGACCCCAGUUUGAGGGACCAAAUCUCGGCACAUUGCCUGAAGGUGUUUGCUGAAGUUGCUAAUAAUUGCUUAGAUAGUCGUCCAAAGGGAAGGCCUACAAUGGCAGAUGUGGUGGUGAGACUUGAGUACGCAUUGGCUUCAGAGAGGGCUGUGGACGAGCAGUUUGGUGAGAACACCCAAGGCCGGAAUAGGUCAAAGGGAAAUGUAAGCAAGGUGCUUCAGAGGACUUUUGAAUUUCUAGCUAAAGGUGCUGAUAUCAAGUGGAAAAAAAGAAAGACAAUUUCGCAAUCGAAAGGGAUACUUAAGCGUAGAGACACUGAAGACUGGAUGAGGCAUUGCCAACUCCCAGAAUAUUUGAAACGACGUGUUCGGCGCUUUGUUCAGAAUAAGAGGCUUGCAACUCAGAGAGUAGAUGAAGAGACUAUUCUAAGCCGCUUGCCUUCUGAUCUUCGUCGUGAUAUCCAACGCCACGUCCGCUUGGACCUUGUUCGACGAGUCCCAUUCUUCUCAGAAAUGGAUGAUCAACUACUCGACGCAAUAUGGAAGCGUCUGGUCUCCUCCUUGAGCACCGAAGGCACCUACAUCGUUCGUGAGGGCGACCCUGUGACGAAAAUGGUUUUCAUUAUCAGGGGAAGUCUUGAGAGUUCUACAACAAACAGAGACAGAUUUGGAUUCUUUGAUUCUGUUAUUCUAAGAGCGGGAGAUUUUUGUGGGGAGGAACUACUCGCUUGGGCUUUGCUUCCAAAAUCCACCACAAACUUGCCUUCUUCAACUAGGACUGUUCGUGCUCUUGUUGAAGUGGAAGCAUUUGCUUUGAGAGCUGAGGAUUUGAGUCAUUUGACAUCCUUUUUCCAUCAAUUUGGAUGUCUCCACAGUAAAAAGCUGCAACAUACUCUCCGAUACUAUUCCCCCAACUGGAGGACGUGGGCAGCCCGCGUUGUACAGGCGGCUUGGCGGCGGUACAAGUGGAGGAGUUGGACUAAAGGUCUGACAGCGAUUGAGUCCUCUGCAGAAAGUGGGACCAGACAAGAAGAGAAACAGGACGGUAGUUCUGUAAAUUCCAGUCCUUCUCAGGCGAACCUUGCGGUGACAGUAUUGGCUUCAAAAUUUGCUGCAAACAUAAUGAGACAUGCUCAGAACACUGUGGAGAAGUCCGGGCAUGCCCACAUUGCGGAAACCAGAAGAACCCGACUUCUCUGCUGAGACGGGUGAUUAGUUGCUCGUAUCUAUUUGGGCCUUAAAUACUUAUCUUAUAAUUAAUUACUGCAAGAAUAUAUUCAUCCUCCUCUGUUCUGUUCUACUAUCCUGUAGUAUAUUAGACACUGCCAAUGGGAGAAAGAUAGUAUUAAAAGAAGGGUGAGGGGUAAAACUAAGUGAUGAAGAUUGAGAAAGAGGAAACAGCCGGGAUUAUGGUUCGUUUCGGAGUGUUUGUAACUAGGGUUUGGUAAUGAGUUUGUUUCUUCUCUUUGCUUU